UUCUAUUGAUCGGUCUUUGUUGUUGUUGAUGUUGCAUGUCCUUUCGUGAUGUUGGCCGGUAAUUCCAGAAGGCUUCUUAUCAGAGCAUGUUCACCUCAAUUCAAUUCCAAGUUGUUGAUGGCCACAACAAAACAAACAACAGAAGGAGGUGAUAAUAAAAAUGAUGCAUCAAUGCAAUCUUACCACAAGCAAUUGGAUGCACUAAAGGUCAGCAGCAAUGCAUGGACAAAAUCGACAUUUGGAGAAUUUGCCGAAAAGAUGAUACUGCAUCGUUUCGAAUAUCUACUUGAGAAGACCAGUUACAUGGAGGAGUUGAGAAAGUCCCAGAAGCGUAUGUUGGAAAUACAGAAAAACUUAUAUGAAAAUGCUGAAAAAAGACGUACAAUUAUCAAAAAAUUAAAUGACCUAAUGUCCGAUAAUGGUAACCAAGGAAAUCAACUACCAACCACUAAAGUCUUGAACAUUGCAUCACAAAAACAACUAUGGCAUGAAUACAACAAACUCGAACAAGAAGAAUUGUCGUUGGCCACACGAUCAGUACUAGCUAUCAACGAGACAUAUGAAGCUGAAAAAUUACAUACAAAAUUAAUGCGGUCCUUUGGUAUCCUUCUAACGAUUGCCAGCUCUCUGCUAACCUUGGUUUUGUCCUAUCUAAUACGUCGGGAGCCACAACAACAGCAUCAAUAUGCACAUAUCAUGGCUGGAAAAAAUCAAUCAAACGCUGAAUCAUGGACGUCGUAUUUGCAUAGAAAUACGAAAUGGGCGUAUAGUUGGGUCGAUCGAUUUCGUUAAUCUUAAGAAAAGUUGAUAUAAAAUAAAUCAUUUUGAAAUAAAUAAAUUUGUUAAUAAGAACAAG